AUGCCUGAUGGUGUAGGUGCUGUCCAAGAUGCGGCGGCCCAGUUCCACGAGAUCGUCGAUAAAGAAGCGGAGGUCAUCGAAGCAGAGGCUGACGUGUGGAGUAGCUGGGAGUGCGAGGGCGUUGUUGAGGUAGGCCGCGCCACGGUUGGCGAAGAUGACGAUGUUGGUGUGGCAGGUUCCCCCGGCAGCAGUUCCCCCCUCCUUCAACUCGUGGACGUAGCGGCACAGGACCUCGAGGCGUGGGCGGUUGGUGGGGUGAGCUCCGGAAGCAGGAUCGACAGCAGGCGAGAGAGAGAAUGUUGGGAGUCCCAGAUCAAGGAGUGGCAGAGGCCGAUCCUGCAAGACGAAAGGCUGCCUGAAUGCAAAUCAGUUUUCAGCAUUUAUUUCGCGCCCGAAUGGAAGAAGUACUCCACGGUGUUGUCUGCGCCGACUGCGGAUCUCCUCAGGGGAGUGGGUAAAGCCAGUAUUGGAUCUUGGGACUGGAAGCUGAAGGAGGACAAAUGCACUUACCACGCCCUGUUUCCAAGAUCAUGGAUAGGUUUUUUUUCGAGAAUACUUAGGAGAGCUGCCCACCUUUAUAUUAAGAAGAAAAAGAAAUAUUAUAACGCGGGCCAUCCGGGCACACGCACACGGUUUUUUGGCAUAAGAACGCUACAUUGGAAAACGAAUACAAGAUCAUGGACAGUAUAUGAUGGUGAGCCUGACCCUGAAGUCAAGAUCGCCUGCCAUCAGAUAUCGCCCUUCGUCCCUCACAAUUACGAAGAGAGCAGCUUCCCUGCUGCGGUUUUCACGUUUACGGUGCACAACUCUGGGAGCGCACCUGCAGAUGUGACGCUGCUCUUCACCUGGGCUAAUUCAGUUGGUGGGAAAUCAGAACUGACCGGGAAUCAUCGCAACUCAAAAAUGAAAGAUCGGGACGGUGUCAGUGGCGUUCUCCUGCAUCACAGGGCGGCCGGCGGGCACCCUCCGGUGACGUUCGCGAUCGCAUCCCAGGAAACGGACGGCGUCGGUGUCAGCGUCUGCCCGUCGUUCACGAUGGGCCCGUCCAGCUCCGGCGGCUUCACGGCGACCCGACAUGUGGGACCAGAUCAAGAAGCACGGCUCGUUCGGGCACGCCGACGGCGGCGGCGUCGAAGCCCGGGUCCUCCGUCGGUGCGGCGGUGGCGGCGUCGAUGGCCUUGCCGGCGGGGGCGAGGCGGGUGGUGUCCUUGUCGCUGGCCUGGGCGUGCCCCGACGUGAAGUUCGCCGCCGGCACGACGUACCACAGGUGCGUGCGCCGCCGCGUUUGGCUGACCGGCCAUGCAGUGACGUACCAGUGGCUUGUGACUGACAUGGCAUGGCGUUGUGGCUGGGGCAAGAGGUACACCAAGUUCUACGGCGUCGAUGGCGACGCAGCUGCAGAGCAACUGGCUCAUGAUGCUCUUCUUGAUGGACAUCCUCCGAAGAAGGCCGGCUUCGGUUCAUCCGGGCCGUUCUCCCUCGACACGCCCCGCGUUGCAGAUGGCGGUGGCGGCAGCGCAGUGGACGGCGAAGACGGCGAGGUUGGUGCGGCAGCUUCCCCCUGCAGCAGCUCCACGCUCCUUCAAGUCCUGGUUGUAGCGGUACAUCGCCUCGAGCAGCGGGCGGUUGGUGGGGUGCUCCCGUAGUUUCGGCAGCACGAUCGACAUCAGCAGGGACAGGAUAUUGACAGAAUCCUCCACCUUCCUCACAGCUUUCGAGUUGCUGAUGACCCAGAGCUCCUCCCCCACCUGGUACCCUUCCUGCAGCUCAGCGGCGUCGCGGGGGCUAAGACUCUGCACGAUGCGCACGCUGGAAUGGAUGACCACCUGGUCGAACGGCUCGUUCAGGCUCGACACUUGCACUGCCAUGGCUUCCCCUCUCUCCCUCGCUCCCUGCUUUCUCUUCUACGGGUAGAUCUGCUGCCUUCGCUUUGCUGUGACGCCGACGUGGCAUCGAUCUCCUAAUAUUUAAUAAAAGACUUGUUGACACCGGUUUUUGACGCGUGCCAAAGUUGGUGUCAAAAGAGAAAGAAGAAUGGCCUAUACAGAUGAGCCAGGAGCUAUGAUUGAAGGAAGCGGCCGAUGAAGCUUCAGUGAUACGGCCGACCGGCCAAUGAUAAGACCGGCUGAUGAAAGGUCAAAACAGUUCGGCUGAGAUGAGCCUAAUGGGUCAGAGAGGUGAAAGAGUACUGAAGCGUGAGUACGAAGUUGGAUAGUUAUUGUAGGGUUUGUGUCCGACUCCUAAUCUAGUUUGUUUGUUUAGAUUAGCUGCUUUAAAUUAGAGAUAUUGUCGAAGUUGGAUAGUUAUUGUAGGGUUUGUGUCCGACUCCUAGUUUGUUUGUUUAGAUUAUUUGCUUUAAAUUAGAGAUAUUGCCGAGUCAUAGUCGAAUAAGACUUGUUGUAAAGGGUAUAAAUAGAGACUCUGAGGCUUGUAACAGAUACACACAUCAAUACAAAUCAAUCUACUAUUCUUGUAAUUUACUUUCAA